CUCAGCAUGUGCAGGAACCAAAGCUCUUCUAGAUCUGGAAAACACAGGGUCCACCCACAAAACGAGCCGCCUGCUGCACCUAGACGAGCCGCCUGUUGCAUCACACCCCUGCCCUUGCCGCGCCCCAAGCAUGCGCCAUUGCCCACGCCCACACUCGCACCCCGCGCGCACGCCCUGCACCAGCCUUGCUCUGCACCAGGUCCCUUCACUGCCUGCGCCCCGAUCUCUACUCUGCGCCAAGAUCCAAGAAAGGGAUAGGGAAAUCGAAACAAAGGAUAAGAAGUAGAGGAAGAAAGGCUCUGAAAAAACCAAGGAGAAGCACCAAAGUGGUGAGAAGCUCGCACGCCGCUGAGGGAAAACCCUAG